GUCAAAGGGAAGUUCAAUUUGUUCUGUGAAGUGCAUGGUCAGAGCAUUGAAUCACACAUUCAUAGGUGGAGAUGUUCCGCCGUGCGCUGGGGAAGACCUUGGGGUUUGUGGGCUACACAGUUCAGUAUGGCUGCAUUGCACAUUGUGCCUUCGAAUACAUUGGAGAAUUUGUGGUGUGCUCUGGUCCAUCCAUGGAACCUACCAUUGUUAACUAUGAUAUAGUCUUCUCUGAGCGGAUGAGUCGUCAUCUUUGCAAAAUACAAAAGGGUGAUAUAGUCAUUGCAAAGAGUCCAUAUGACCCAAAUAUGAACAUCUGUAAAAGAGUAAUUGGAUUGGAGGGAGACAAAGUCUGCACAAGUGCUCCAUCAGAUAUGUUCAAGGUCCAUACAUAUGUUCCAAAAGGCCAUGUAUGGCUAGAAGGGGAUAACCUUAGGAAUUCCACUGACUCGAGGAGUUAUGGCCCAGUUCCCUAUGCCCUCAUCCGAGGGCGUGUUUGCUUAAAGCUCUGGCCACCACAUAGUUUUGGGACCCUCAGUGAAAGCCCAACCAGACGGAUCAUAAAAACUCAGAGUGACUCAGACUCAGAUUGACUCAUGCACUUUGUUUAUACUGUACGUUACUUUGUUUCCAGUUAUUUUUGAAUAAAACACGUUU